AUGAACUACAGCCGACUGAAGGGAAUUGUGGAGGAGAUGGAAAACAGCAAUGUUAAGGACAACACUAGGUUCAUCGAGGAGUUGAAAUUGGAUAUCAUUCGAGUGGCGACUUUCUAUUCUGUUCAAGAAACACUGAUUAUUGAUAAAGUGGACAGCAAAGAAGAUGCAAAACAAGUUGUUGACGAUAUGAGACAACUAGAAGCUUACGCAUGCCUAAACGAAGAGGGUCUUACUAGGAUUGCUAAGAAAUACGACAAGAUGGUCCAGAAUUGUCGCGAACACCCCAAGGCUUCCGACGAUGAGCCGCCGACUUCGUUGAUGGACGACAUCCUCCUCGAGAUGAAGGCAUGUGACUUCCACAACGCCACCACUAGACUGAAGGAGAUCCGCAAGGUUUAUGGUAUAUCUCCAGCAGAUGACGAUGCAUUAAAGGUCGAGGUGAGUGGUGUGACGAGGAAGAUUGGUGAGGGCAGAAGUCAACGAGACGUAGGCCAGUUCCUGUCGCGGCACGCAUCUAUGCGGGAGGAGCAGGGAGGAAGUGACGAUGGUGUGGUAUGGAUGGUCGUGCAAAAAACAGGAAAAUUCAUCCGAUGUCAAUGGCCGCACUUGUUGUUUUACGCUACUACUAUCCUUUUCGGGUACAUCAUGAAUUGUUAUGAACUGGGGUACCCAAAACUGAACUACAAAUCUUAUAUUUCUAUUGUGGUAACAGUACUAGCAUUAUCACUGCUUGUGAGGCAGUACCCUCCCGAUGCUGUUAUGACUGCAUCUACACUCGUAUUGUGUCUUACUGGUGUUCUUGAUAACACCAUCGCAUGGCAGGGCUUCUCUAACGAGGUCGUCUUGUCGGUGGCGAUAUUGUUGAUAGUAUCAGCUGCAGUGAAAAGGACGGGCGUAGUUGAAUACCUAUUUAUCCAGGGGGGAAUACUGGGCAAACCAAACUCCCUUGCUAUGGCAAUCCUUAGACUGUUCAUUCCGGCGAUUAUGCUAAAUGUGGGCGUUUCUAACACGGCUGUGAUGGGGGUGUUGUUACCCGUGGUAAAACGUUGGUGUGAAAAAGACAUCCUCAUCAACCAGGCGCUCCUAUUGAUGCCACUAUCGUAUAUUCUGCUCAUCUCCGGCGUCUUCGCGGUCUUCUCAACAUCGAGUAAUUUGAUCACCCAAGGCUUGUUGGUGCAGAAUGGGCUACCCCCCUUGAAGAUGUUCGCAAUGGCACCGAUAGUGCUGCCAGCGACUGUGGCUGCGGUCAUUUACAUCAUCAUCGCGGUACCCAUUGUCUUUCGAGAGUAUGCGGAGUCGUCGGGGAAGGAUGACCCCGCUGGUGGCGACUUGGAAGCUCCUCUAUUGCCGACUUCCAGCGCUCGUCUGAGCAAAAAGUUUGUCGUGUCGGCUCAGGUGACGGCGUUGGCAUUAGAUGGGGUCACUCUCGAGGAGUCGGGAAUCGAAGAGAUUGUUGAAAAAAGGGAAGAUAUAGUUGAGAUAGAAAGAAUGGGCUCUACUUUGAAACCAACACCGUCUCUAGAAUUACAAGCGUAUGAUAUUCUGCAUGUGUAUUCGUCUCCUGAGGCGGUCUUGAAGCUCUAUCACGACGGCAAGGUGAGCCUGAUGUCUAGAGAUACGGGGGAGCUGGUCCUAGGUGAGCACAACGCGGGGAGAGGGGGUUCCUCUAAGAGAAGUGCGGGCCUGUAUGAGGUUGUUUUGGACGGUUUGUCACCGUUGGUGGGAAGACGCAUUGAACCACACAAAGCGAUGGAGUUAUAUGGCGCCCGAAUUGUCGGGAUUAGGCCGCAGAGUUUGCAAAUACUACAGCAGAAAAGCAGAAGCGGUCGAAGGAGGAGUUUGCUGAAUUUUAUGGAGCAAAAAUUUGAGGGAAAUCAGCAAAAAGAUUUCAAAAGCGUCUCGUCCGAUGAUAUCAUCAGCGUUGGCGAGCAGCAGAAAAUGGACAUGAAAUUGAAUCGGAGGUUGACGCUAUUACAGCGAUUGGGGACGAAGAUGGUGGCAAUAGAGGAACCUCAGGACGCCCAUGCUCACACGGAAGCCACUCUACCACCCGGAGGGCUGGUGCCUACGAAAGGGGAUUCAGCGACUCCACCGUUUUCCAAUAAGAAAAGGAUGACUUUAAAUCAAUUUGCCCUACAUAGAAAGAAAACUGUGAGUUUUGGUGGUCAACUCGGGCUGUCCUCGAACGGCUUGGUUACGCCUCUGGCCGGGUUGGUGUCAGCAGGGGGUGUGGGAGCAGUCCCGACGAACGAGAUGGAGUCGGUGACACGUCUCUUAGAAGGCGAGAUGAAGCUAAAAAAGUGGCAUUUGAAAGUUGGUGAUGGUCUUAUUAUAGAGGCUAAUGACGGGUUCGAGGAGCAGCAUGGUAGCAGUGGCCACUUCGCUGUGGUUCGCCGCCUUGUUGCUGAUGAUACCAACAUCGUCGUCGACCCGAUCGUGCGAAAGCAACGCCGAAAUCGUAUGUGGCUCAGUGGUGGUAUCGUCCUCACGAUGAUUCUCUUCGUGGCGACCAACAGUCUGCCUUUACUGCAAGCAUCGAUGUCGGCAGUUUUCGCUCUCAUCCUCACUGGUUGUAUUCCCCUCACUACCGCAUUAGCUGCGGUUAACCUUCGUACUGUCCUCACCAUCGUUGGAGCCUUCGGGCUCGGCAAGGCCAUCUCCAUCACUAACGUCGCUACUGUGCUAGCUCAGGGGUUGGUUACCUUAAUGGACCCCCUGGGAAGCAUCGGCAUGCUAUCGGCCAUUUUCAUCGCCACCUGCCUGCUAGGAGUAGUCUUCCAUGCAACAGCCGUGGUCAUCCUCCUAUUCCCCGUCUGUGUGUCAGUGGCUAAUGAGAUGGCUCUCCCGGUCCAUCAGUGCUUAGGGCCACUCAUGGUCGGCGCUGGUUGCCAAUUUUUAACACCAAUUUCUUAUCAAACUAAUUUGAUGGUCUACGCAGCUGCUGGCUACGACUUUUCCGAUUUCGCUCGUCUAGGUUUUGGGCUCACUAUUGUCAUUGGAGUGGUAGCAGUACCACUGUGUUUAACUUUCCUUUAA